GUGUUGGUUAGCUUAGCGGCGACUCUACGCAUGUUAAAAGAGAACAGGGUGCGACAUCUGUAAGCUUGAGUUUCUUUGUGUUAAACAAAACCUUCAUUCUGUUGGAGACGGUGUCUGGCAGUGCUGAAGUUGUGAAUACAUUUGUCAGUGAUCAUUCCCUAUUGCCGGCCGGGCUAUAAAGGAACUGUGUCAUAAGGAGGCUUUGUUGUUGUUCCCCAAAGCUAUCGGUAGAGAAGUUGAGCUAACACAUCUUUUUCUCUUUCCUUUUUCCUGCUGACUACAAGAGCAUGCAAAAGGAGAAAGACCAAGUUGGAGGAGACAAGGAGUCAAAAGAGGAGAGGACACAGGAUGCUACUGAGGAGACUGUGAGCAAGAGGAUCCGGACAAAUACUCCGAGCCCACAAAGAGGGAACACUCCCCAAGCCAGUCCCCCUAAGUUUGUGUCUAUGGAGGAGCUGAUGCAGACGGCUAAAGGAGUCUCCAACAUGGCUCUGGCCCAUGAAAUAAUGGUCAACAGCGCUUUCAAAGUCAAACCUGCAGCGCCUCCUGAGGGGAGUUUGGAGCACAAAGUGAAAGAGAUUGUGCACAAAGCAUUCUGGGAUUGUUUGGAGGCUCAGUUGACGGACGAGCCGCAGACGUACGGACAUUCCAUCAAACUGCUGGCGGAGAUCAAAGAGACUUUGCUGUCUUUCUUGAUGCCGGGGCACGGCCGUCUGCGCACCCAGAUUGAGGAGGUUCUGGAUCUGCCUCUCAUCCAGCAGCAGGCUGAGAAAGGAGCGCUGGACAUCGGUCAACUCUCCCAGUUCAUCGUCAGGAUCAUGGGCUCGCAGUGUGCCCCCUGCAGAGACGAGGACAUCAGAAAGCUAAAGGAGAUCACAGAAAUUGUGCCUCUGCUCAAGGCAAUAUUCUCUGUGCUGGACCUGAUGAAGGUAGACAUGGCCAACUUUGCGCUGACCAGCUUCCGGCCUCAUCUGAUGCAGCAAUCUGUUGAGUAUGAGAGGAGCAAGUUCCAGGAGUUUGUAGAGAAACACCCCAAUGCCUUAGACUUCACUGAGAAGUGGCUUGAGGACACAGUGAGAUGCCUGAGAGAGACGGAUGGUUCUACUGCUGCUUCAUCUGACCCCCCCGCCUCCCUCACUGCUGUUAAUGUUCAUAAUCAAGCCUAUCUACGACUGCUGAAGUGGGACCACGCCUCCGACCCCUUCCCAGAGACCGUUUUGAUGGACCAGGUCCGGUUCCAGGAGAUGCAUCAGGAGGCAGAGCGGUUGGUCCUGCUCUCCUCCGUGCUGCUCAUCAUCUACACCACCACCGGGGAGGCUAUCUCCGGCCUGCCGGGGCUGAUGGACACUCUCAAAAACACUGUCAAUGCCCUGCUGGCCGACAUGAACACACCUUCUUUUAAUGCAGAUGAGGCGUUGGCAACCAUCGGGGAGAAAAUGUGCGUGGAGCUGAGUAAGUGUCUGAGUCAGCACGGUUUCUCUCCCUUCUCUGCUGACCGGAAGAGCAUUCUGAGGGGACAAAUCUCUGCCGCCAUCCAGCCAGACAACACCAUCCGCAAGCUGAUGGAGUCUCGUGUUCAGAACUAUCUCCUGGUUUCCCUGGACUCCAAUCAACAUAACACCCCUCCUCCUCUCCCAGGAGGCCUUGCUCCGGUCAGCAAGGAGGUGAAGGAGCUGGCUGUGCGCUUCAGUCGCCUCGUCAACUUCAACAAGCUCGUCUUCUCCCCGUUCUACCAAAAGAUUUUUAACAAAAUACUGACAUCACAGGAGAGUCCCGGCGCAGAGACGUAAGCUGGAAGUGGAGAGCGCCGUGUAGUUUUGCACUUUCCCCUCCCUAGUAAAAUAUUUAGAGUAACAAGCUGAGGAGGCUGAUCUGCAUUCAGCCGGUAAAGCCAGCUCCCCCACAGCGUGCACCUUAACAACGUAUACAAUGCUGACUACCAUCCCUGCUGCAUUAACUCACUGUGUUGCUUAUUUGAUAAAGUCUCAGUUCAGUAUUAUUAAAAGGGUUUGAUACAAAUCAAAUACCAUGUUAUCCAAGCCAGUACAAAACCUGUUUUUUAGAUUGAACACAAAAACAAUACUUAGUGUGUAAGCAGCAGAACAGAAAUACAAUUUCAAUUCUCAAAGGUCCACUUAAAGACAAAGGUGUCUCAGAGCAGGAUCCUUAUCGACCAACAGUCCUCUGUGAGAGAACAGUCCUGUGUUAAGGCCUAAAAGUAUACCAUUAAUAUUCUUUGCACAUACCCAUGCUCUUAUUAAUGAACUGGAGCUCUAAAGAUGUCUCAACCAGUCAGGAGUUACAAGGAAAAGGCGUUCAAGCAGAGGCAUGCUGGAACAUUGCAUGAAAAGAAAGAAACCCUGAUGAAAAAAGUAUGAUUUUUAAAGAGGUCCUAUUAUGCUUUAUGGGGUUUCCUGGUGCCUUUAGUUUGUUGUAUAGGUUUUUUGUGAAUGUAAAUGGUUGCAAAGAUGGAGUUUCUCUCCCACACACAAAUGUUAAACUAUUCCUUAUAAGAUACCGUUUUGACUGAACUGAAUUCUAUAUAUGACUUUUUUAAAAUUGAUUUAUUGAGAUUUGAGAGGGACAUUUUUAUUUGACAGUAUUUUUUUUUACUUCUCUAAAUAGUGUUCACGUGUAUUUAAGGACAAGUUUAAAAAGGAUGCAUUUGUAAGGGGAAUAGCAUUUAACUUAAAACAGAACUAAUGUGCAUAUCUCCUGAACACUCAUAACAGGUCAACUAUUCUGGAGCUCUCCUGCAUAAAACCUUCCUACUCCGAAGACAGUAGCAGCAAAUAUGCAUCACUUAUAGGUGUUUCUCUGGGAGUGGUUCCACACACUCAGACAUUCAUAAGUACAAACUAGUCACAGCUUUCAGCAGUGGACCGUUUUCAAACUUCUGACACAGUUUAUCGGCCAAACACAGACUGCAUUAAUACUUUAACACUGCAAUUGUAGGGAAAUAGAGUGGAUACUUUGCGUAAUCGGAGAAAAUGACAAAAUAGUUGUCAUUAAUAAUUUCUUGCGUAAUAAUAAAAAUGAAAACAUCGGGCUUGUAGUUGUACAGAUGCGUCAAUAGAUGCUCAGAGUAAGCAUCUUUUCAGAGUCUGUUUGGAGUCUCUACAAGCCUAAAUUAAAACUGGAACAGGACAUUUAUCAACUCUUUAUUCAUAUCAAAUUGUCUGAAAAUGCAGCCUGCUUGCGGGUCUGAAUGCUCCUACUUGCUCAUAAGGAAUUCAAUCUAAAAUGCCUCAGGAUUGGAGCGUAGAGUAUCACAAUAUGACCAAAACAACACUAUCCAUUGUAAAAAUCAACAGGCAACAUAGGGGUCUUCUUUAAGUAUGAAUCUGUCAUAUUGGGGGUUUUGUCAACAGGAGGAUACAUUGAUAAGGACUUAAUGGACACUGGACUGCUCUCUUAAACUGUGUCUUUAUUGUUUCUGAAUUAUUUUCACUAAUUUAUACUAUUUAUCAUGGUUUAUGAGAUGUUUUUACUUUUGUAAAACACUUAGCUUUCCAUCAUAUUUACUCACUUAACCUCCUUACAGAAUACUUACAUGUUGUCUUCCCUCCUCCAGGCAGAAUGACGUUGCCUAUUCCCCAAAUAAUUCCCGCAUUUACUGCUCACAGCAAUUACACUGAUAUUUUAUCUCUCACUGUUCAUCCCACAUGCAAAUAAAGCUUUGUUUGUCCCACACAA